AUGUCCGACAGCACUAUUGAUCUCCGGACUAUGCUAGCAACCUUCCGUGUGUCGGAAUUGCAGAUGUUAUUAGGUUUUGCCGGAAGAAACAAAUCGGGAAGAAAAACAGAAUUGCAGCAAAGAGCUUUAGAUCUUCUCAAAGUCAGAUCUCAUCCUAUUCACCAGAAAAUAAGAGACUUAUAUAAAACAAUCCAACAAAACGGUGUUUUAACGGGUGUUCAAACACCAAGCACAUCGCCUCCAAAUCAAGAUAUUUCAGCUGGAGCCCCUGUAAAUAGUAUGCCACAGCAACCAGGUAACAUGCCCAGGACGGCUGUUCAUCCUUACGGUGUCGACGGUAGGCAGAUGGCUUAUUCUCAAACAAAACAGCAACAACAAAGUGUGUUGACAGGAAAUUUCCCCAUUCACCCUGACGUAACAUUACGAAGGUUACCAUUUUAUGACGUUCUAGCCGACUUGGUGAAACCUUCUUCCUUAGUUCCUCAUAGUAAUCAAAGGAUGCAAGAAGGCAACUUUUAUUUUAGUUUAACCCCUCAGCAAGCGACUGAUAUAGCAAGCAGUAGGGAUACCAGGCCGGGAACAUGUGAUUAUAUAAAACAAGUACAAAUGAGAUUUUGUUUGUUGGAAACGAGUUGUGAGCAAGAAGAUUGUUUUCCUCCAAAUGUAUUAGUGAAAGUAAAUAAUAAGCUUUGUCCGUUACCAAACCCUAUUCCCACAAAUAAACCAGGUGUAGAGCCGAAACGACCCCCGCGCCCCGUAAAUAUUACAGGUAUGGUAAAGUUGAGUCCUACAGUUGGUAACCACAUAUCUGUAUCGUGGGCCACGGAUUUUACAAGAGGAUACGUGAUAAGUGUUAGUUUAGUCCAUAAGUUGAGCUCUAUGGACUUAUUACAAAGACUGAAAAGCAAGGGAGCAAAAAAUGUGGAAUAUACUAGAUCUAUAAUUAAAGAGAAACUGAGCGAUGACGGGGACGAAAUAGCAACGACUUCUUUGAGAGUAUCAUUAAUGUGUCCUCUCGGUAAAAUGAGAAUGACUACACCGUGUAGGCCUAUGACCUGCAUGCAUUUGCAGUGCUUCGAUGCCUCCUUAUUUUUGCAAAUGAACGAAAGGAAACCAACAUGGAAUUGUCCUGUGUGCGACAAACCAGCGCUGUAUGAUAAUUUGUGUAUAGAUGGGUAUUUUACGGAGGUUCUGAAUUCCCCGCUUCUUCCUUCAAGCUGUAAUGAAAUUCAGCUGAAUAAAGAUGGUUCGUGGUGUGUGCAGACUAAUUCAACUAGCAUCUCAUCCAGUAGUAACCAAUCUAGGGUAACGACAACUCCUGGUCCGUCUUCUGUUUCGAGUUCAGGCUACCCCGCGAGUCCUUCAAUCAUCAACUUGGAUAGUCCUUCGCCACCGCGUUCACCCCAACCGACACCUCAACCGGCAGCUCAGCAAACUGCGUCUUCCUGCAUGAUGACAGGACAAACCAACGGAAACACUACACCUAACCAGGUCACUGCUCCGUUUAUGAGUCCAAAUUCCAUGCCAUUCCUAGACCUUGAAACUGAGACACCUGCCGGAGCCAACAUGACAUACCCCCAGACUUACUAA